UCGCGCCGCUCUCGCGCUCCCUUUCCCCCCUCCCCCCUCCCUGUCAGUGCGGUGGCUGCGCUGGGAAACAUGGCGUCGGAGGGAAUGAUUUUAACCAACCACGACCAUCAAAUCCGCGUCGGGGUCCUCACAGGUGGUCAAAGGAAGACAGCUGAAUCCCUUCCUAACAGGUAUUGACAAGUCUGGUUCUGUUUCCUUAGCAGGACACAGGCUGAAGUCCCACAGUUAAGAUUUGUGGACCUUCAUAACACAAGAAAGAACAUUUUCAGUGAGCGACAGUUGCUUCAGGAACCUUGCUGAAGAUCGCAGUGGGAUAAACCUUAAAGAUCUGGUCCAAGACCCAUCUUUGAGACACUGAUAGACUGGUGUGAUGAAAAGGAACUUAACUUGAUUUUGACAACUGGAGGAACAGGGUUUGCACCACGAGACGUCACUCCAGAGGCCACUAAAGAAGUAAUAGAGCGAGAGGCCCCAGGGAUGGCCCUGGCAAUGCUGAUGGGAUCACUUAAUGUUACUCCUCUGGGCAUGCUCUCUAGACCUGUAUGUGGAAUCAGAGGAAAAACUCUCAUAAUUAACCUGCCAGGCAGCAAGAAAGGGUCACAGGAAUGUUUUCAGUUUAUACUGCCAGCCCUACCUCAUGCCAUUGACCUUUUGCGGGAUGCCAUUGUAAAAGUAAAGGAGGUACACGACGAACUUGAAGACCUACCUUCACCGCCACCUCCUCUUUCUCCUCCUCCAACCACCAGCCCACACAAACAGACAGAAGACAAAGGUGUACAGUGCGAGGAAGAGGAGGAAGAGAAGAAGGAUAGUGGAGUAGCCUCAACAGAGGAUAGUUCCUCUUCACAUAUAACUGCUGCAGCCAUUGCAGCUAAGAAGCAUCCAUCCUACACCAGUUCUGCUGUUAUCAUGGCAAAAGGUGAACAGCCCAUCCCGGGUCUCAUCUGUUAUUCCCAUCACGCAGCAGGCAGUGCAGGAGAACCGAUUCCAGACUCCAUCAUUUCUCGUGGUGUUCAGGUGCUCCCACGAGACACAGCCUCCCUCAGCACUACCCCUUCAGAAUCUCCUCGUGCCCAGGCCACCUCUCGUCUCUCCACUGCGUCCUGCCCAACACCAAAACAAAUUAGACGGCCGGAUGAAAGCAAAGGAGUUGCUAGUAGAGUUGGAUCCCUCAAACUCCAUCGAAAGCUGGAGGAGCUCAGAGAUCACCUAGAAGGCAAUGUCAAAGGAUGCUCUCUCCGAGUAAAUGUCCAGUCCAGGUGCAGCAGCAAGGAGAACAUCCUCAGAGCCAGUCACAGUGCCGUCGACAUUACCAAGGUGGCCAGAAGACAUCGCAUGUCUCCAUUCCCAUUGACAUCUAUGGACAAAGCCUUCAUCACAGUUCUGGAGAUGACCCCAGUGCUCGGAACAGAAAUCAUCAAUUACCGAGAUGGAAUGGGCCGAGUUCUUGCUCAAGACGUUUAUGCAAAAGACAACCUACCCCCCUUCCCAGCAUCGGUAAAAGAUGGAUAUGCUGUCAGAGCUGCUGAUGGCCCUGGGGAUCGAUUCAUCAUUGGGGAAUCCCAAGCUGGUGAGCAGCCAACUCAGACUGUGAUGCCUGGUCAGGUAAUGCGGGUUACAACAGGUGCUCCAAUCCCCUGUGGUGCUGAUGCUGUGGUGCAAGUAGAAGACACAGAACUCAUCAGGGAAUCAGAUGAUGGCACUGAAGAGCUAGAAGUACGAAUUCUGGUGCAGGCUCGACCAGGCCAAGAUAUCAGACCUAUAGGACAUGACAUUAAAAGAGGUGAAUGUGUGCUGGCUAAGGGAACCCACAUGGGCCCAUCGGAGAUUGGUCUCUUAGCAACUGUUGGGGUAACAGAAGUAGAAGUUAACAAAUUUCCAGUCGUUGCAGUCAUGUCAACAGGGAAUGAGUUGUUGAAUCCUGAGGAUGACCUCUUACCAGGAAAGAUCCGAGACAGUAACCGUUCAACUCUCCUAGCUACAAUUCAAGAACACGGCUACCCAACAAUCAACUUGGGAAUUGUGGGAGAUAAGAAGCCAGAUGCUUUUAAAGAAGAAGGGACACAGAGCUUCCAGAACACAGCGGAGACAGGCCUACCAGAUUGCCCAGAUGAUUUACUGAAUGCACUGAAUGAGGGUAUCAGCCGUGCGGACGUUAUCAUCACAUCAGGAGGCGUGUCCAUGGGUGAAAAGGACUAUCUUAAACAGGUGCUGGACAUUGACCUUCAUGCACAGAUUCACUUUGGCAGAGUUUUUAUGAAACCAGGCCUGCCAACAACAUUUGCAACUUUGGAUAUUGAUGGUGUACGAAAAAUAAUCUUUGCACUGCCAGGAAAUCCUGUAUCAGCUGUUGUCACCUGCAAUCUCUUUGUUGUCCCAGCACUGAGGAAAAUGCAAGGCAUCCUGGAUCCUCGGCCCACCAUUAUCAAAGCCAGGUUAUCAUGUGAUGUAAAAUUGGAUCCUCGCCCAGAAUACCAUCGGUGCAUACUGACUUGGCAUCACCAAGAACCACUGCCUUGGGCACAGAGUACAGGGAAUCAGAUGAGCAGUCGUCUGAUGAGUAUGCGUAGUGCCAAUGGACUGUUGAUGCUACCUCCAAAGACAGAGCAGUACGUGGAGCUUCACAAGGGCGAGGUGGUGGACGUCAUGGUCAUCGGAAGGCUAUGAUGUCACCAGCAAGAGUGAAGCUUUGAUGCAUGUCCACAUAUCAUUGACUGUAUCCUGUAAUAUGCAACGGCACAGCUAGAUUUUCUGAAUUGGAUAAAGUUGAUCAGUAUAGUCAACAUCUUGAACUAUAUUUCAAAUGGAAUUUAAAUAAAUACCUUUUAAAAAAAACUUUAAAAAAACAAAUCUUAACAAAGAAAUUUAUUCUGAUUAUAUCAAAGCAACUUUUUCCUUUCUUGCAAUUGCUUUGUGUGUUCAAUGCUAGUUCUGAUAGCAGUAGCUUUUAGUAGACAGCAGUAGGUGCCUGCAGAACUUGUGUUUUUUCUCAUCUUUAAGAUACAACUACUUAUGCUCUUAAAACAAGGCUGUCUGCUUAUUUAUACUAGCGUAGACAACACUUGGAUUUCCCUUAUUAGUAUGCUUCAUAACUGCUUCACAGAGAGCUUCUGCUUGUUCUUUAUCUUGUAUCUCGUGUUGAUGUGCACAGUGCCAAAAGCAGAGUGGCUGCACUGGGAACCCGAUCAAGCCCCGAGGUUUCCCCCCUCGCUGCGCGUUCAGGGAUAUCUCUCGGCCCAGCAGCCACCUGGCUCAGUACUCUUGGGCAGUAACUGGAUACCUUUUAUUUGAACAAACAAAAAAAAUUGCUUCCUUAAGUGCUGACAGCCUUUUUAACCAAUACAUUUAAAGAUGUACAGAAAUAAAAACUAAAAAAAAAAAAAAUCAAAGACUGAUCUUGUACAGAUAUUAAUGUUACCAGCAUUCAUGUGGAAAUCAAAUGAGCAAAGAAAUAAAACUAAUGUUAAACAACUCUGUACCAUAACAUUUUCUGUAAUGAUAUUGAAACUUAAAUGAAUAAAAAAAAUUCCUUGAUCAUUAUUUAAAAUUU